ACAUGAAAAUCCCAAACGUCCGACUUAGCGAAUAACACCUGUCUCACUGUAUACACACACCUGCCUCCCUCCACUAUUCCCCAUCAGGUGCAGCUGCAGAACAUCCCUAGCUCCGCCUUCCAGAACACCACAGAGUUCCGGGACAAGUACCUGGCGUGGCCCCUGACGACGAGCUCCAGGCAACAGCAGCCGCGUCAGAUAGCCAGUUACGUGGCUCCGAGCGGCUCAAUGGCCUUCGACACCACCACACACACAGACUACAUACGGCAUGAGGGGGCCGAACCACCUCCCAGGGCACUCAAGCCAGUCAUACAGGCGUGGGGUACGGAGCGGCCCAUAGCGGCAUCCAACCGCCACGCAUCUCAUCACGCAGUACCCUCGGCAACCACCAGGGGUCGCCCUGCAGAGAGACGGUUGCCGGGGAAACCGCAUCAGCACCAGGGCGAAACAGAGGGGUCUAGAGCCGCCACCACCUACCGCUCCAACUACACCUCCACCAAGAGCGGCACCAAGACAGGCCAUCGUAACGCACACAAGUCCCCGCCAGUCUGGAAGCCUUGUGGCAUUGCCAACAGUGCCAACCCGACAUCCACGCGCAGGGCACGCACCCCCAACCCUCGGGAUGGCAAAGCGCCAGCCUGUCCCGCCAGCUUCACCGAGCCGCCCGGUUACCAGGACACUCGCACCACCGUGUCCGGGCACCGCAUGUUCCAACGCACGCUCUCCGGGGCGGAGGACGGGCCGGGCAAGCGGGGGGUUGCCACGGUUGCCACCAACGGCCAAUCACAGCAGCCUCAGAGGCGAGGACACAGCACAGGGAGCGCGACUGCAGUGGUGGCCGACGGCAGAGGCAGGGGUCAGCACUAGAGGUCACGAACUUUGACCUGUGACCUCUCAGUGGAGCCUGACCUGUCCUACGCACUAUUAUGCCCCAACAUCACCUCAAAGCCUUUCCCCUAUUUUUCUAUCCAGAACAAGUUUCACAUACGGAUCACGAGCCACUAUUUUACUCAAACCUUAAAACUUUUCACCAAACUUAAAAACUUUUAACAACAUUUUAACCAAAACGUGAGCACAUAUCAAAGAAAAAAAAUAAAAUGUUAAAAACACA